GACGUUACUAGCGAGUACAAACCCAUCUCACAAGAAAGCACUCGGCAUAAAGGCUCGAGCAAACGAAAAGCGGUUUAAAGUAAAACCAGCUUUGCUAAAGUAAACUUCGAAGAUGAAGCUGUUAUUUUAUGCUGUCGUAUUCUGCUUUGCAAUAGGCCUGAUUACGGCGGAAGAGAAAGAAGAAGAAGAAGAGGAGGGCACUGAGGCAGGAGGUGAGGCUGCAACUGACAGCGAGACGGCGAAGGCGGUUGGCGGGAAAGGGGAAGAAGAAGAAGGAGCAGGAGAAGAAGAAGGAGGAGAAAGGGGAAGCAAGUCCAAGAGUGGGGAAACGACUAUGGCAACAACCAGAACGACGAAAAAGCCAGCAGAGACGGAAGGAGAAGGAGGCAACGGAACAGCUAAGGGCAAGGCUCCCCCAAAUGCCGCUUCACCAGAAGCGAAAGGUAAAAGGAAGUUAUUUGGAAGAUGCAGAUCGACCAUACCAGAAGGCAACUGCGUGCCUAACUCUCGCGUUACAAUGUGGUAUUUCGACGGUGGAAUAUGUACGCCACAUCAUGUUGGAGGAUGCUCAUUGAAAAGAAAGCAACAAGGAUAUUGGUUAUGCCUACAAUGUACGCAGAAAUGCAUGGGUUUGAAACUUACUGACAAGAAAAUCAAGAAAAUAUGCAGAAAGCAAGCCUAAACAGAGAGGAUACUAUGGUUGGGUACUUGUGCGCUAUUCCUCUCUGCGUGUGAUUGGAGACAGUAUGUAUGCGAAAUGUGCUUUUGCAUAAUAAAUUGAUCUGUUAA